GGCUCUCUACACGUACCGCUCGUGUCGUGCCGUCUCCGCACUCGUCUUCAGCCGUAAGAGCCACGAUGUCGGCUGCGUGGUGGGCGCUGGCCUGUGUGCUGGUGGCGGCGGCCGGGGCCCCCGGGUGCCUGGCCAGGGGCAGCCUGCCGCUGGUGGAGCCGUCGACGCUGGCGUCGCUGGUGCGCGCGGCGCCGCUGGUGUUCUGCGGGCGCGUGGCGCGCGUGCUGCUGCCCAGCCGCAGGGAGGUGCUGUCGCUGCAGAUGGACGGGCGGGCGCGCGUCGUCACCGCGGGCGGCCGGCCCGUGCCCGACGAGGCCAUCGCCGCCGUGCUGCUGGUCAGCGUGCGCACCAUGGUCAAGGGCACGCUGCCCGGGCAGAGCCCGCCGCAGGAGCCCGUCGACUACCUGUUCCCUCGCAAGACUGUCGAGGUGCUUCUACGCGGAGGCGGCAGCCCGGUCGAGGCCCGUACGCUGCGGGUCCUGCACACGGCCAUCUUCCUCGCCAGGCCCGACGGGUCGCGCCUACGCCUGUUCGCCAGCCCUCUGCCCAUGGCGCUGCGCUACCUGGACGUCGUGCGCGCUGCAGCCAAAGAGAUAGAAGAGUCCAGGAGCAGCUCUUAG